AUGUUCAUGUGUGAUCAAUUGAUCGGAACCGAUUUAGGGAAACCAGAAAAGCUGUCAUUUAUCAUUGGAAACAAUUUCCGAUAUGUAUUUAAUGUGCAAACCCCUCAAGAAUCAUCACCAAUAAAAAGUUUGUUUGAUCACCAAUUGAUAGAAUUCAGUAGUGUUGCAAGAAACAAAACAAAAAUAUCAAAAAAUAACAUAAGUAGAAGAGGAGCUGAUGAUGCAACUAAAAGAAGAAAAAAAUAA